CCUGUUGAGGAGUAGCCGCUAAACUUGAGCCUUUUCUGUCACCGUUUUCUGCUCACCUCGGAUAUAAAACUCUUCGGUUUGUCCGGGAAAGUGUUCAGAAGUGGUGGAUGAUAACUUCAGGCCCCUCCAAAGCUGGGAAGUUGCUGUUUUUGUUGGCCGUUUGGUGGUACGCAAGCGAAACUGCUUAUCUAAGCAUGCGUAUGGCUGCGAGCAGUAGCUGAGGACGCCACCAGGAGUUCCCCCUUUCUGUUUCUGCCACCUGCAAAUAUGAAUGGUGGUGCAAAUAUAUGGGCGAUCACUCCAGAGGAAAGGGUCAAACAUGAUCAAAAGUUUGACACCCUCUCCCCAUCAAUGGGCUAUGUCUCAGGGGAGCAAGCCAGGAAGUUUUUCCUCCAAUCAGGGCUACCUGCUGCAGUUUUGGCUGAGAUAUGGGCUUUGGCUGACUUGAACAAAGAUGGGAAGAUGGACAGGUUGGAGUUUUCCAUCGCUAUGAAGCUCAUAAAGCUAAAACUCCAGGGUACAUCACUCCCAGUGUUACUGCCGGUCAUCAUGAAGCAGCCACCAGUGCCUGCUCCCAGCCUCACUAACCCCAACACACCCUAUGGUACCAUAUCUGUCCCUAACAUGUCCAUGAUGUCAGGGACAAACCUUUCCAUAAUGACUCCUAUCGCCAUAGCAACCCCAGGACUCUCACCUUUGACACCAAUGACAGGCCUCACCCCGUUGGUUCCUACAGCAACAGGCCUGAGUCCUCUAAUAGCCUCUACCCCCACCAGGCCCCUAAUGCCCACCGUGGGAAACACCACCCUGCCAAAUGGCACCAUGGGACUCCUCCAGCCACUUUCAGCUGGAGCUUUGGCCACUGGACUACCACUAUCUGCAUCCCCCUACUCCUCUCCAUUGGGACUUUCCUCUACUUCUGCUGGUAUAAGCAAGGCCUCAUCGCUGCUAGACCUGGGAUCUAGCAGCUCCACUUCCUCGUCCCCCUCUGUGAUGUCCCCAAUGGUCGCUGGUCCCAGUGACUGGGCUGUGCCACAUGCAUCCAGACUCAAAUACAGGCAGCAGUUCAACAGCUUGGAUAAAAUGAUGACUGGAUACCUCACUGGUCAGCAGGUGAGAAGUGCCAUGGCAACCACAAUGCUGACUCAGACACAACUGGCCUCCAUCUGGACUUUGGCUGAUGUGGAUAAGGACGGCAAGUUAAGAGCUGAGGAGUUUAUUCUGGCAAUGCAUCUCGUAGACAUGGCGAAAUAUGGACAACCACUGCCACUUACACUGCCAACUGAACUGGUACCACCCUCACAAAGGGGUGCAGUGAAUGGAUCCAGCUCUUCUCUCUAUGCAGCUCUGACUGAUGACUUGGACUCAGAACCUCCACAGAAAGUCAAGCCCAACCUAACCUUUGAGGAUAAAUUCAAAGCCAACCUGCAGCGAGGGAACGCCGAACUGGAGAAAAGACGACAGGCGCUGCAGGAUGCAGAGAGGAGGGAGCAGGAAAGGCGCGCUCAGAAGAUGAGAGAGGAGCAAGAGAGGAGGGAGAGGGAGGCUCGUGAGGCAGAGGAGAGGAGGAGGAAAGAGGAGGAGAGGAGGCUGGAGCGGCAGAGGGAGCUGGAGAGGCAGAAAGAAGAAGAGCGUCAGAGAGAAAUUGAGAGAAAAGAGGCUGCACAGCGGGAGCUAGAGCGCCAGAGGAAGGAGGAGUGGGAGAGGAGGCGGCGAGGGGAGCUUCAAAUAAAAAAGGAGCAGGAACAAGAUGACAUUAUCAGACUGAAAGCUAAAAAGAGGAGUCUAGAGAUGGAGUUGGAGGCUGUGGGUAACAAGCAUCGUCAGAUCUCAGACCGGCUGCGUGACUUUCAGAACAAGAAGAAGCUUCAGAGGACUGAGAUGGAUCUGAUUAAUCAAAGGAAAGACACACGCCAACAGGACAUUAGCAACCUGCAGAAACAGUUAGAGGAGUUCCAGAGGAAGUUGUCCCAACUGACUCCAGAACAGAAGAGACUGACUGAGAAACUCAAAAACAUGGCUCUGAAUAACCUGCCUGGAACGACCAUGUCCACCCUGAAGCUGAGUGUUAUAGAGAAAAAAGGGACAUGUAUGAAAAUGAAAGAACAGAUGGAAGCUUUGGAGAUAGAGACUGCUGCCAAACUGGCUGAGAUGGAUCAGUAUCACAAAGAUAUGCAGGAACUGAGAGAGAGCCAGAAAAAGCAGCAAGCGGCACUUGAGAAACUUCGGGGCAUCAAAGAGGACAAACGGUGUGAGCUGAUUCGAAAGAAAGAACAGGAAGAGGAGAGGAGGAGGCGUGAAGAGGAGAGGAAAAGACAGGAGGAGGAUAGGAAGCGUAAGGAUGAGGAGGAAGCUCAGAGGCGUAUUAAGAUGGAAAAGGAGCGUCAGUGGCAGGAGAAGGUGAAGAGGGAUGAAGAGGAGCGCCAGAGGAAGCUUCAGGAGGAGCGAGAGGCCAAACAGAGGGAGGAGGAAGAGAGAGAGAGACAGGCUCUCAUCCAGGCAGCCAAGAAGGAGGCCGAACGAGAACUCCGAGUGAAGGAGGAGGCGGAGCGGAAGAGGCGAGAGGAGGAGGAGAGGAGGAAAAGAGAGGAGGAGGAACGCCGGAGGCAGGUGGAGAGACGAAGGCAGGAGGAGGAGAGGAGAAAACUGGAGGAGGAGAGGAGGCAGCUGGAGGAAGAGAAGAGAAAACUGGAGGAAGAGAGGAGGAAGGAGGAGAAGAGAAGGAAAGACGAGGAGGAGCGACAUAAACGGGAGGAAGAGAGGAAGAGGUUGGAGGAGGAGCGCAGGAGAGAGAGAGAGAGGGAGAGGGAGGAGGAGGAGAGGAGGAGGCAGAGAGCGGCGGAGGCUGCCGUCCGGGAUGCGGAGGAGAGGAGGAAGCGAGAGGAGGAGGAAAGGAAGAAGAGGGAGGAGGAGGACAGGAGAAAGAGGGAUGAAGAGAGGAGGAAACUUCAGCAGCAGCAGCAGGAGGAGGAGAGGAAAAGGGCAGAGGAGGAAAGGAAGAGGAAAGCGGAGGAAGAGGAGAGGAGGAAAGCUGAAGAGGAGAGAAAGAGAAGGGAGGAGGCAUCUCGUCAGCGGCAGCAGCCAAGUGGAGGAGGGAAGGUUGAUAUUCAGGAGAAACUGACCUCUCUGCUGAAAGGACUGGAGGAGAGGAAGGGCGGGCAGCCGAGGGCCACACAUCACAGGAAGUCAGCAGCUCUCACAUCCUUCAGAGCGCUCUACCCAUUCACUGCACGAAACCACGAAGAGCUCAGUUUCAACGCAGAUGAUAUUAUUGAGGUCGAUGAGACAACAGAGAGGGAGGAGGGUUGGCUGUAUGGGAGCAAACAGGGGAAGAUGGGCUGGUUCCCAGAGAGCUACGUAGAGAGAGUGGCUCCAUCAGAUGGAGCUAAUAAUGCUGCUGCUCCUAAAGCGUUGCUCCAGUCACAGCUGUCCAAUGUCCUUGAAGCUGCAAAAGCAGCGGGGACAAAGUCUGCCUUCACGCCAACACAUUCUCCAAACCCCGUACCUUCUGAGACCCAGGGACAGCAGGUGGUUGGUAACCUGCUUGCACAAGCCCUGUGCUCCUGGACAGCAAAGACAGACAACCAUUUGAACUUCAAUAAGGACGAUGUGAUUCAGGUGCUGGAGCAGCAGGAGAACUGGUGGCUGGGAGAGCUGAACGGUGAAAAGGGCUGGUUCCCCAAGACAUAUGUGACACUGCUGGGUGAAGAGGAGAGUUCAGACAUGAAGAGCUCCCCUCCUGAUGCUUCAGAGUCUAACGACAGCCAGCAGCUGGAAGAAUAUGUGGCGUUGUACACCUAUGAGUCUCCAGAGACUGCCGAUCUGACGUUUAGUGAGGGAGAUGUGAUCUUGGUGAGCAAGAAAGAGGGAGAGUGGUGGAACGGCUCAAUAGGCGACCGCACAGGCGUGUUCCCCAGCAACUACGUCAAACCUAAAGAGACAGAUGUGUCAAGCACAUCUGGAAAGAAGAAGCCAGAGAUAGCCAAGGUGACCAGGGCUCACUCUUCUACUGGGCCCGAGCAGCUGAAUCUGGAAAUUGGCCAGCUCAUCCUCAUCCUCGGCAAGAACGUGUCUGGCUGGUGGCUCGGAGAACUGCAGGCUCGAGGUAAAAAACGUCAGAAGGGCUGGUUCCCCGCCUCUAAUGUACAAGUAUUGGGAUCCAACAGCGGCAAAUCCACCCCAGCACCCCAACCAGUCUGUCAGGUGAUCGCCAUAUACGACUACACAGCCGCCAACGAGGACGAGAUGAGCUUCUCCAAAGGUCAGCUGAUCAACGUCCUGGACAAGAACGAUCCUGAUUGGUGGAAGGGAGAGCUCAAUGGCGUCACCGGCUUGUUCCCUACAAAUUACGUUAAAAUGACCACAGCGGAUUGCGACCCCAGCCAGCAGUGGUGUGCAAAUCUGAACAGCCUGGACACGCUGAGCCCCCAGGAGAAGAAGAGACAGGGUUACAUUCACGAGCUGAUACUGACUGAGGAAAAAUAUGUGGUCGACUUGCGUACAGUGAUAGAGGUUUUCUAUAACCCGAUGUCAGAGUCUGGCCGCCUGAAUGAAAAUGAGAUGGAUAUGAUCUUUGUCAACUGGAAAGACCUGAUACCCUGCAACACAACAUUUCUCAAGUCGCUUCAUGCUCGUCAGAAGAGUGGUGGGGAUAACAUGCCGGUGCAGAUGAUUGGAGACGUCCUGGCAGCUGAGCUAUCCCACAUGCAGCCCUACAUUAUGUUUUGCUCCAGCCAGAUCAAUGGAGCCACGCUGCUCCAGACUCGUACCGACAACGAGCCGGACUUCAAGGAGUUUCUCAAGAAAAUUGCCACCGACUACAGGUGUAAAGGCAUGCCGCUCUCCAGCUUCCUGCUGAAACCCAUGCAGAGGAUCACGCGCUACCCACUGCACAUCAAAAAUAUCCUGGAGUGCACUGCAGAGGGCCACGCUGACCGAGGUCCUCUGAAAGAGGCUCUGGAGAGGGCGGAGGAUCUCUGUAAACAGGUGAAUGAAGGCGUGAGAGAGAAGGAAAACUCUGACAGACUGGAAUGGAUUCAGAACCACGUACAGUGUGACGGAGCUGCUGAGCACUUGGUUUUUGACUCUCUCACCAACUGUUUGGGCCCCAGGAAGCUGCUCCACAGCGGAAGGAUGUACAAAGUGAAGAGCAACAAGGAACUGUGGGCUUUCCUCUUCAAUGACUUCCUGCUUUUGACUCACACAUCCAAGCAGUUCACCUCAUCUGGACCUGAUAAACUGUUCAGCAACAAGAACAAUGUACAGCUCAAGAUGUACAAACCGCCUGUGCUGCUAAAUGAAGUUCUGGUGAAGCUGCCGGAUCCUUCCAGUGACGACCCCACCUUCCACAUCUCACACAUCGAUAGAGUCUACAUACUCAAGACUGACAACAUCAAUGAACGGACAGCGUGGGUACAGAAGAUCAAGGCUGCAUCUGAAGAGUUUAUUGAGACAGAAAAGAAGAAAAGGGACAAGGUCUAUCAAGCGCGAACUGUGAAGGCGAGCGGGAUCGGCAGACUCCUUGUGACCAUCUUGGAGGCCACUGAACUUAAAGCGGCCAAACCCAACGGUAAAAGUAAUCCCUACUGUGAGGUGACAAUGGGAGCUCAGAUCUUUACGUCCAGAGCGAUCAACGACACCGUGCACCCCAAGUGGAACUUCAACUGUCAGUUUCACAUCAAAGACGUCUACCAGGAUGUCCUUUGCAUCACCAUCUUUGAAAAGGACCAGUUUUCACCUGAUGACUUUCUGGGACGGACAGAGGUUCCCGUAGCAACCAUCAAGAAAGAGUUGGAGAACAAGGGAUCAGUGACGCGACGUCUUCUGCUGCACGAGGUUCCAACAGGGGAAGUGUGGGUCCGCCUCGACCUGCAGCUCUUCAACAGCAAAUAGCCACGCAGGAUGAACUGAAAUAAGAACUGUGUCUGCUGUUGACACAUCCAAAUAAGAAAAGCUAACCAAAUAAUACAAGCUGCUUUUUCUCACAUAAACAAAUUAGAAUAUUUCCCAUCACAUGGCGCCUACCUGCUUCAAAUGGGCUUCAAGAAGAUACUUGUAUCAAACAAGACAUUCCUGAACUGUGUCUCAAACUGCACGCCUUAAUAUUUUAAUAAUUACCAGCACUAAUAAUACGUCUUCUGAUCCUCCAUUAAGAAGUAGGGUCUGUGUGGCAUCAGCUGCACCAACUAAUAUGAGUAAGGGCUCUCUUUGUUUUCUCCCAGAUGAUGACCUCAGAUGGAAAGGGAAGCGUUAUUGCUGCAGCAGUUUGCACCUGAGCAACAUAAACACCCCAAAGGAGAUAAAAGGAAGAACUAUAGCAUGUCUUCUUCAACAGUGGAGAUAUAUUGUGUCAUAAAGCUGAAUGUGGGUGUAAUAAUUUAUGGCCUUCAGAGGAAGGUAGGACUGGACAAAAGCUGUUUAGAAGCAAGUAGUUAUAGUGCUACUAAUAAAGCAAUAAAACUAUUAAUAUAAAGGUUUUUGAUCUCCUCUAAACUCACUAAUAACAGUCGGUUAUUAAGCAUUCACUGAUUUCAGUGUUUUAGACUCUGCCAAGUCUGCUCAACCAAGGUCAUUUAACAAGUCUGUUUUAUUUUAUUCAUCAUCAAGAUCUGAAUGUGUUGAAGAGUUUGUUUUUUUUUGAGGACUGAUGGCUUUUCAAGAGACUGCUGAUCUGCUGUGUUGCCUUCGUUGAUCAUGAGCUGUCGGGUCUUCUUCUCACAGUGACAUCAAGGGCCUCAUGAACAGUAGAUCCAGAGGACGGACAGUAACGUUGACAACCUGGAUGAAGUGUUUUUGUCAGUCUGGAGUCAGUUUACUACUGUAGAUAGAAGAUCUCAGGAUGUGUUGUUCUGGGUUGAGUCUGUAAUAACACUGAACACUUAUUUAGUUUAUCUGCCGUGUUUAUGUGUGAGUGUGUGCGUGCGUACAGUAUGUGUCUUUGGAGUGUACCAAUGUAAAGAACUUCAGCUGAGGGCUCUUGAGAUGCUGCACCUUUUGGAGUUAACCAAUAACUCUUGGCCUUAAUGUAAAUCAGUCUUUUAGAAAUCACAGUUUCAUAAUCGUAUUUUUUUUUUUUUUUUUCAUUUUUAUUG